UCCGGCAGCAUUUAGACACAACGAAAGGAUCAUGGCGGAUGGCCCCAGGUGUAAGCGCAGAAAGCAGGCGAACCCGAGGAGGACCAACGUGACUAACUACAAUAAUGUGGUGGAGCCCGGCUCAGACUCGGAUGACGAGGACAAGCUGCACAUCGUGGAGGAGGAAGGCAGUCUGGCGGAUGGGGCCGACUGCGACAGCGCCCUGCCAGACGACGAGCACCCGAGGGAGCACUGCUGGGAGCGAGUGAAGGAGGAUUGUGUUUCGGAUGGGGAGGAUGACGUGAGCACGGACGCCCUGGUAGAGGAGAUGCUCCAGCAAGGAGACACAGCCGUCAUCUACCCAGAGGCUCCGGAUGACGAGCCUCACCGUCAGGGCACCCCUGACACCAGUGUCCACGAUGAGAACGGAACUCCUGAUUCGUUCUCCCAGCUGCUCACCUGCCCGUACUGUGCACGGGGCUACAAGCGUUACAGCUCCCUGAAGGAGCACAUCAAGUAUCGGCACGAGAAGACCGAAGAGAGCUUCAGCUGCCCCGAGUGCAGCUACAGCUUCGCAUACCGCGCUCAACUGGAGAGGCAUAUGACAGUCCACAAGAGUGGACGGGAUCAGAGACACAUCACACAGUCGGGAGGCAAUCGUAAAUUCAAGUGCACUGAAUGUGGCAAAGCAUUUAAAUACAAGCACCAUCUGAAGGAGCACCUACGCAUUCACAGUGGAGAGAAACCCUAUGAGUGCUCCAACUGCAAGAAGCGGUUCUCCCACUCAGGCUCAUACAGCUCCCACAUCAGUAGUAAGAAGUGCAUCAGCGUCAUCUCAGUUAACGGCAGACCACGCUUGGGGAAUGCCAAAACGCAGACCCAGGGUCCAUCACCAGUGCUGCCCACACCACCCUCAGUCCUCCGCACUCAGAUUCGGGAGAAGCUGGAGCACAGCAAGCCCCUGCAGGAGCAGCUGCCCCUCAAUCAGAUCAAGACUGAACCUGUGGACUACGAGUACAAGCCAACAGUGUUAACAUCCCCAACUGUGACCGCCAUGAAUGGUGGCGUUUUCAACGGAGGUGCUGCAGCUCCCUUGCAGGGCACAGUCCAGGCCGUGGUCCUGCCCACCGUGGGGCUGGUGUCGCCCAUCAGCAUCAACCUGGCAGACCUGCAAAAUGCUCUCAAAGUGGCAGUGGAUGGGAACGUCAUUCGUCAGGUGCUGGAAAACAAUGCCAAAGGCCAGGUGAACUCGGGGUUAACCACUGGAACGCUCCACACCCCACAGCAGCAACUCAUCUCAGCCAUCAGUCUGCCUAUUGUGGGUCAGGAUGGAAAUGCAAAAAUCAUUAUAAACUACAGUUUGGACCCCAACCAGGGCCAGCUCACAGCCCAUAACCUGAAGAAAGAGCCAGAGCCAAUGUCACCGUCUCAGACCACCGCCGACACAUUCAAGUCCCAGAAACUUCCAGAAGAUCUCACUAUCAGAGGCAACAGGGCUGAUGAGACUAAAGAAAUAGAGGAAAAGACCACUAAAACUUGUCUCCUGUGUGAUAACUGUCCUGGGGGGCUGGAAGCAUUCCAUGCCCUCAAGCACUGCAAGAAGGAUGGUCUCAGGCUGAACGGAGCAGGCCUGGAUAAGUCAGAGUCUGCUGUCGCUGCCCUGCUGUCAGAAGGAGGACUCUGCAACCAGCCCAAGAACCUCUUGUCGCUGCUCAAGGCCUACUUUGCCUUAAAUGCAGAACCCACCAAGGAUGAGCUGGCCAAGAUUUCCGACUCAGUCAGCCUGCCAAUCCACGUGGUAAAGAAGUGGUUUGACAAAAUGCAGGAGGGUCAGAUAUCACUGGGUGCCCCAACACCUCCCUCAGAGGAAGAGGACACCUGUGAAGCCAACAGUGUGGUGUCUCUGGUUCCAGGGAAGGACACAGCCACUAUAAGCCCCUCUGUGACCCAGGACAGCCCUACAGAAGCUACUCCAGCAGAGGUCAACGGCACUCACAGUUCACCGGCCUCCCCCUCGCCACUAAACCUGACAGCUGGCGGUCCCAUCCCAGCCGAACACCCCCAGAGCACUGAGGGACCCCUAGACCUGUCGCUGCCAAAGCCAGCCAGAGAGGAAGCGGAGAGAGUGGUGCCUAAAGCCCGCGUUUACCCCUUCCCUUCCUCUGGCUCUACCAAUGAGGAUGAACCCCUGAACUUAACUUGCACAAAGAAAGAGGCUUCACCACUCUCAGCCAUGGGCACAAGCCCCAUCGCACUGUACGCCAGCCAGCCAAGUGCCAAAUCUGUCGACAUUGUGACCACAAUGCAAUGCUUAAGAGCACUAGCCACCAACAACAAACAACAGACUAUCCUGAUCCCCCAGCUGGCUUACACCUAUACCACUACAGCAAACAGCCCUGCAGGGACCGAGACGCACGAAACCAUCCACCUAAACGGAAUCAAGGAGGAGAGGCAGGACACGGGCUCAGACGGUGUUUCCACGAUGGAGGAGCAGAACGACUCAGACUCAGGCCCUCCGAGGAAGAAGAUGAAGAAGACGGACAGCGGCAUGUACGCCUGCGACCUGUGUGACAAGAUCUUCCAGAAGAGCAGCUCGCUGCUGAGACACAAAUACGAACACACAGGGAAGCGACCUCACGAGUGCGGCAUCUGCAGCAAGGCGUUCAAACACAAACACCACUUGAUCGAACACAUGCGGCUCCACUCGGGGGAGAAACCGUACCAGUGCGACAAGUGCGGCAAGCGCUUCUCCCACUCGGGCUCCUACUCCCAGCACAUGAACCACCGCUACUCUUACUGCAAGAAGGAGACGCAGAGCCAAGCAGGAGGACAGGAGAGCCCCGAGGAGGACAGUGAGGCCCAGGCCGAGAUGGAGGCCCUGAGCCGAUUGCAGAGGCAGCUCCUGGCCCCCUCCCAGCUGGACUUGGAUGAGCGAGGGAGCAGCACCAGGGAGGACGAGGAGAGCGAGGAGGAAGAGGAGGAGGAGGAAGGCGUGGUGGACAUGGAUGAUAUCCAAGUGGUGCAGAUAGGGGAUGAAGGAGGGGAUGAGGAGGAGGAAGCAGAGCAAGAGGAGAGGAAUGAGGAGGAGAUUGAGAGAGUAGUGGUAGAAGGGGAAGGAGAGGAGGAGAAAACGGAGAUAGAAGAGAAAGAGGAGGCUGACACAAGGCAGGAGGAGGUGCUCGGGAGUGUUCAGGAAGAGGAGGAGGUCAACAUGAAGGAAGAGGAGGCGAUGGAUACAGAAGGAGGGAUGACUGAAGAAACAGAGAGGGAGGUCACAGAGGAGAGCGGAGGCGAGAACAGGAACACGGUUUCUGAAGACGAGAACCAGACGCCGCAGGAGAAAGGAGAUACUGACUAAAAGGGGAACCAGACUCCUCCAUGAGACACAAUCCUCCUCCUCCUCUCCCCGCACAGAGGAAGAACACAGGAGAUGAAGUCUGGUCACUCUGACAGUUCGUUUCAGUUCACUACUGUGUAGAAAUCCAGGUGUGCCUGAAAAAAUACUAGUGACUUUUCCACAGGAGAACGAUUUCUCACUGUUAGAAAAAUCCAUUUGUAAAGAAAAAGAUGAAAACGAACACAAAUUUUAACAAACGAAGGACAUGCAUUAUACAGACUUUGGAAGCUAGAGCCGACACGUUUUAGAUAAUGUUUUAUUACUAAAACACCUUGGGUCAUUUCUUUUUAUCAGUGUUACUAAUUUUAUCACUCAUAUUUUAACCUUUAAAAGCUGUACAGUUGGGAGAUAUUUCUAUAUCUUUUUAUUGCCAAUGAACAAAAAAAAAAAGUCAGUAUUUUGUUAAGUUGGAAGGAAAAUAAGAAAAUCCUGUGCACUACAAGUGGCUUGGUUUACCUAUGGAUUGAGCAGUUGAGUUGUGUUGUCUACCCUUCAGUAUUACCACGCUAGAUAUACCAUGCCAUCACGCUAGCAGGCGUUAGCAUUACAAUUAUUUUUUUGUGUCGUUUUGAUUGGACUGUGAGCCUUAAGAAGAAAAACAAUGACGAAUGGGCCGAUCUUUUCAGCGUUUAGUUCCUUUUAGACUUAUAGAUACCUUUUCUUUUUUUUUUUUAUUAAAAGAAAUCUGUGUUUAAUAGGAAUCGUUUGACAUUUUGGGGAAUAAACGUAUUCAUUUUCUUGAUGACAGCUUAAUCAAAAAGAUAAAUAACACUUUGUUUGUCUGAUAAAUGUUCGGCUACAACCAGCAGCUUCUUAGCUCAUUACUGCUGUAGCCGGACCGCAGUUUAGCUUAAAUACUGGAAACCUACUAGCACUGUUAAAGUUCACUAAUUAACAUGUUGUUUCUUGUUUGUUUAAUCUGUACUGUAAAAUAGUUUGGCACAUAACCCCCCAUAAAACUGCAACUUGUCAUUACACAUCUAAACAGGUUAAACAAGAUGCAGCAUGUUAUUUUUUUAGCUUUCGGGAUGUUCUUUGGUUGCAUUUGCUACUUUAACGCCUCAUUUCCACAUAGCUCAGUGUACGACUCAACUGUAACGCCACCCAGUCCAAUGGGAUUGAUUCCGUUGUGAUCUCUGAUGUGUUGAUGCGCCUCUCUCACAUGGAUGUGCACAAGUUUCCAUCAGUCCGUGAGGAAAUGCCUGUCCUUGCGUUGAACACUAGAGGACGUACUUUGGAUAGCAUGCAGAACUAUGAACAUAAAAAGUGGAAACAAGGCGUAAUGCCACAUUUCCAACACGGCUCCAUGUAUGGAUUUGGGAAAAAAUUACAACUUUUGUGAGGUAUUUCCUACCAGUAUGAGCAGGAAGUUGGAAAAACUAAUCAGCUAACAGACCAACAGGCUAGUCAGCUGCUUGCCUAUAUUUACCGUCAAACUACAAUUAUAAAGAAACUACUUUAGCUUGUUUAGCACAAGCAAGCUGGGUAGCCCCACGUUCAUACGUCUUUGAACAACAUAUUCCAUAAAACUGGCUCCACAACUGGAAGGCCGGCCUCCCCACGUCACAAUGCUCCAUGCAAAAAUUUUGCAAAACUGGAUGCUAAAAACUGAAAAAUAUGAACCUCUCUCUCUCAUGGCUGCAGUGAAGUUUCCAUCCAUCCCCCGCAAAAAAACGCAUUUGCUUGCGUUGAACACUAGGGGGCGAGGUCUGUAACGUCAUACGGAAUUAGUGUCCACAUAUCUCUAUGUACGUACUAAUUUAGCUUUUUUCCAGUUUAGAAUUUCGAGUACGUUAAAAAAUGAUCACUUUGUUGUGGACUUUAGAGAAACUACACCGUAUGUCAGAAAGGCUAACAGGCUGUUUAGCUUAUUGACUAUGUUGAGAGUCACAUUUGAACUAAUUUAGCACAUUGUAGCGGUUUUUCCAGCCUCGUCACAGAUUCUCACCAUGCAUUCCUUGUCCCGUUUAUGUCACUGGAUCAUAAAGUAGAUUCUACCGAAUAGUCGCCAACAAGCAAAGCUAUGUGGAAACGAGGCGUUUGACCAAACCAGGCUAGCCAUUUCCCCUUGCCUCCAGUAUUUAAGCUACGCUAACCGUCGGCUGUCAUCAAGAAAGUGAUUCAGCAAAAAACGUCAAACAAAUGCUUUAAUUGUUCAGAGCGAGAAGAAAGGGGAUGUAGAAAACUGUCUGACCCUUCCUCUGUCUACCCCCACUCAGAGCCUUAUGCAAAAAAAAACAACAAAACAAACAAAAAAAAACUGACUAAACAAGAGAAGCAUGCAUAUCAAAGUGCCAUUGAAUAUUGCUGUUGAAGCUUAGCAGCUACGAUCAGGUAUUGCCGGGUCCCAGAUCAACCAAUACGCCGGAAUACUGUUGACUUUGUCUGGCCACCACACCUGAGAGAGUAGAACUUAGCCUACCACAUACUCAUGUCAUAGGUUUUAGAUGACUUGCUUUCAUUUCUAAUCUGAGCAACUAAAAUAAUUACAAUGCACAUUUCUUUUUUUUGUUGUUUUUCAAAUGAAUGAUGAAAAAAAUGGUUAACUGUGUCCUGCCUUUUCAAAGCUUAUUCAGUGCACUUGUUUAACACACCAUGAAAUGCUCAGAUGUCUCUUCAGGUAACAAAAUGUAGGCAAAUCCCAGGAGUUUAAUUCAACAAUGUUUUACCUGUCAGUAUUAUUUUUUUUUUUUUGUCUCUUAUGUUUUAUGUUCUGUUUCAGUGUGUGUACUGUAUGUUUUCAGCAAUGGCAGUAUUAUCCCCACCCCCAACGAGAUGGGUAUGUCUGUUUAGUCAUAGAGAACUUUUAUAUUUAUGUGUCUUAUUUUUUAUAUUUCUUUAUGGUUAUUUAUUACACUAUGUAGUGUACAAUACUGUAGUUUGUAUUAAUACGAUAAUAUAUUUUAGUAUGGAAAAAAAAAGAAUCAAAGGCAAAUAACCACAAGCCUGGAAAAAUAAGACUCCGGCAUACUGAAGUAUGUUUUUCGAACAAAUGUAAGAUGUUUUUCUUCGAGAGAAAAAAAAAAAAA